AUGGCCGAAGUACAAAUCCAGAACAAUGUUCCGUCGCACCUCCGCACCGUGCCGGGUUCAGUCAACAUCCCACCGGCACGUCUCCCAGCGCCAUCGAAAGGAGUCAAAGUCGAUCCCGACCAGGUUGCGACUGAUUUGGUCGAUGUUUUCAACCGGGCCCUCUCCGAAGGCAACUACCACAAAGUGGCAAGCUUGUUUGGCGACAAUGGCUUCUGGCGUGACCAUCUCGCCCUAUCCUGGCAGCUCCGAACCGUGAACGGCCAUGAGGCUAUCGUGAAGUUCCUGGAGAGAUGCUCGGACUCUAGAGACGGCAUGCGACUGCGCAAGAUCUCAGUUGACAGAAGCUCUCCUGUGCGCGCCCCCAAGGUGUGCGGGCUUGAUGGCGCUGGCGAGGUGCAGGGCAUCCAGUUCUUUUUCCACGCAGAAACAGUCCACGGAUCCGGGGUCGGAAUCGCACGUCUUGCAAUGCAAGGGGAAACGUGGAAGAUCUUUACUUUCUUCACGGCUCUGCAGGAACUGGAUGGCCAUGAGGAGCUUCUUGGCCAUCGGAGACCCAAGGGAGCGGAACACGGUGGUCACCCUGACCGCAAGAACUGGGCAGAGAAACGACUCGAUUCGGCUGCUUAUGCUGACGACCGUGAGCCCACCGUGCUUAUAAUCGGUGCCGGGCAAGGUGGUUUGACCGCAGCUGCGAGACUGAAGAUGCUGGGUGUGGAUUCUCUCAUCAUCGACAAGAAUGCGUCGGUUGGAGACAACUGGCGUCUGCGCUAUCGUCAACUCGUCCUGCAUGAUCCGGUGUGGUACGACCAUAUGCCCUACGUGAAGUUCCCAGCACAUUGGCCCAUCUUCACGCCGAAGGAUAAGCUGGCCGAUUUUUUCGAGUGCUAUGUCAAAAUGCUCGAACUCAAUGUUUGGAAUAGCACGACUAUCUCUCAUUGCGAAUGGAAUGAGCAAAAUGCCACCUGGACCGUGACGCUCUCGCAGCAAAACGCCGAUGGGACCUGCCACGUCAGAACCUUUCACCCGCGCUACAUUAUUCAAGCCACUGGACAUUCCGGCAAGAUGAAGAUGCCCUACAUCCCGGGUAUGGAAACAUUUCAAGGCAAACGGUUGUGCCACUCAUCACAAUUCCCUGGUGCAGAGAAGAAUGGCCAUGGCAAGAAAGCCAUCGUGGUGGGUUCCUGUAACUCGGCCCACGACAUCGCACAGGAUUAUCAAGAAAAGGGCUACGAGAUCACGAUGGUCCAGAGAUCCACCACCUAUGUCGUUUCCUCGGCUGCUAUUACGAAGAUUGGCCUGAAGGGCCUCUACGAAGAGGACGGUCCGCCAGUGGAAGACGCAGAUCUCCUGCUGCACGGCACCCCUACGCCGGUCAUGAAAGCGCUUCAAGCCCACAUCACUUCAAAAGAAGCAGAACAUGAUCGUGAGCUUCUGGAUGGGCUUGAAAGGGCUGGAUUCAGGGUCGACUACGGUCCGGAUGGAGCUGGCUUGUUCCUGAAGUACUUCCAACGGGGUGGCGGUUACUAUAUCAAUGUCGGUGCCUCGGAGAUGAUUGCUGAUGGCAGGAUCAAGGUCAAACAAGGCCAGGAGAUCGUAGAGGUGCUGCCUCGGGGCUUGAGGUUUGCCGAUGGUUCUGAGCUGGAAGGUGACGAGAUCAUCUUCGCCACGGGAUACGACAACAUGCGCUCGCAGACUAGUACUCUUCUGGGCAAGAAGGUCGCCGACAAGGUGUCUGAUGUCUGGGGGUAUAACGAUGAGGGAGAAAUCAGAACCAUGUGGCAGGAUAGUGGCCACCAAGGAUUUUUCUUCCAUGGGGGAAAUCUAGCGACGGCGAGAUACUAUUCUAAAGUGUUGGCCCUCCAGAUUAAAGCCCUUGAGGAAGGCAUCUAUCGGUAUGGCGAAUUCUGA